AGGGUCCGGCGAGAUGAAAAUUUUAACGAACUUUAAAUUUCAUUUUUUCAGAAACAUGGUUCGGGUUCGUGUGGUAUUUAAACACGACUCCGACGCCCCGGAAAUGAACACAACCGGAGACGAGAUUUCCAGGGUUCUCCGAACUCGGAAUAGUAAUGGAGAUGGCUCUCGGAGGAAUUCUGUGUGCGUUGGAGGCAGUCUGGAAGGAAUUGCGGAGGAGGAGGAAGAAUUCAUGUUCAGCAAAGCAUCUCAGUUAGCAGAGGAGACUGAAUCUGCAGGGAAGGACGUUUUCGGGUUUAAAACUCCUAAAAAAUCUGGAUCUAUGGUUCUAAAGGCUCAGGAGGAAUUGAACCGAACUCCUAGAUCUGCAAGGAACACACCCAACUUUAAUCCUAGCACUCCUAGAACACCAAGAACUGGAAGCAGGACAACUACUCCGAGUAAGGUGCUAACUCCCCGGAGUGGAAGGAAUACUCCUGUUCGUGGUAUACUGAAAACUCCUAUAGGAAAACAGAGACUUAUUGAACCAGAUACUCCUCUAUCCUCAAGAAAGAGAGUUAAGAAAACACUCAUUCAGAUCUCUGAAGAGGUAGAAACAAACCGGUUUUCAGACUCAGGUUCUGAAUCGAGUGAAGAGGAUUGUAUGAGCAACGAAGAAAAUGAAAGACCAAUCCUGCGUGGUCCCCCCGCUACCCCCCGGACCCCGGCUAGACGGGGCAGGACUGGAAAGGAAGCUAGAGAAUUGAACGCGGCAAAUAUGGCGGAGAGUUAUUUCGAAGCACAGUCGGCCAAGGUUUUAACCUCUGAUCGAACCUUGAAUAAGCUGAAUACUCCAAGGUUGAGUCAGGAGCAAGUUUCAAAAAUACUCGAAACCUCCAAACUACGAUACAAGUCAGAGAUACAGGAACUUGUAUAUGAUCAUAAGGUGAAUUAUCCAAAGUGGUUGAGUUUACUACAUCGUGGGUAUAGUAUUGUAACCUACGGACUUGGAUCUAAGAAAUAUCUUAUUCAUGAUUUCCAACAGGAGUUGCUAACAGAUGACGACUGUGUAGUUGUGAACGGAUUUUUCCCAUCAUUAACCCUGAAAUCCAUCCUAACAAGUAUAUCCGAGGAUAUCCUGGAGAUAGAUUCAACCUUCUCCUCCAAUCCGGAGCAUGUAGAUGCUAUUCUCAGUGGUGUUGAGAACGACCUAUAUCUCCUAAUCCAUAAUAUUGAUGGAUCAAUGCUCCGGAAUGAAAAGACACAAUCCGUCCUGGCGGACCUUGCUUCUCAUCCUAAGAUUCAUUUAGUCUGCUCAAUAGAUCAUAUCAAUGCUCCUCUAAUCUGGGAUCAACUCAAGCUAGCAAGGUUCAACUUUAUCUGGUUCGACGCAACCACAUUCCUUCCAUACACCGACGAGGCUGCUGGUGAAAGCAUGAUGGUUAAAGCGAGUGGAGGCCUUCAGCUUGCCAGUAUUACUCACGUGCUCGCUGCGCUCACGCCCAACGCAAAGCGUAUUUUCCUUGUGCUGGCCAAAUAUCAAAUUGAACACCAGGAAGCUCAUUACCCUGGGAUAGCGUUUAUGGAACUCUACUCCAGGUGCAGGAAUGAGUUCUUGGUUUCCAGCGACCUGGAGCUAAAGGCACAGUUGACUGAGUUCCGUGACCAUAAACUGGUUGGAAGUAGGAGAGGAGGGGAUGGAGCAGAAUAUCUCAAGAUACCAAUAGAUAAAACUGCACUAGCCUCAUAUAUUGAGAAUAUAGAGGAUAGAAUGUAAAAACAUUUCUAAUGAAAGUCGGAGAAUCAACCGUAGUACAUUAAACAAAGUAUUUUUUACUAUUUUUUCCAUAAAUAGUUUUUUGGUGUAUUUUCGCGCAUUUCUAACUAAUGCAGGCUGUGAUCAGAACCUUUUACGCUUCAUUUCCGUCAUAUUCUUAUUCUUAUUCUUUAUACUUCAUUAUAACUCUUAACCAAGUGAUAAAUUGUAAUAUUUCAGA